ACGAUUGUAAUCCUGACCCCUGUGAGAAUAGAGGAACUUGUACUGAUAGAGUGAACGACUAUACUUGUGCCUGCGAAAUGGGCUAUGCUGGAAAAGAUUGCGAAACAAAUAUCGACGAUUGUAAUCCUGACCCCUGUGAGAAUAGAGGAACUUGUACUGAUAGAGUGAACGACUAUACUUGUGCCUGCGAAAUGGGCUAUGCUGGAAAAGAUUGCGAAACAAAUAUCGACGAUUGUAAUCCUGACCCCUGUGAGAAUAGAGGAACUUGUACUGAUAGAGUGAACGACUAUACUUGUGCCUGCGAAAUGGGCUAUGCUGGAAAAGAUUGCGAAACAAAUAUCGACGAUUGUAAUCCUGACCCCUGUGAGAAUAGAGGAACUUGUACUGAUAGAGUGAACGACUAUACUUGUGCCUGCGAAAUGGGCUAUGCUGGAAAAGAUUGCGAAACAAAUAUCGACGAUUGUAAUCCUGACCCCUGUGAGAAUGGAGGAACUUGUACUGAUAGAGUGAACGACUAUACUUGUGCCUGCGAAAUGGGCUAUGCUGGAAAAGAUUGUGAAACAAGAGCACUCUAA